AUGCAUGAAUAAUAAUAAUCAUCAUAAUAUAACCCUCUUAAUUCAACAUUUACAUAUGUAAUUAAUUUCAUAACAUUUUUUUUUUUUGGAUAUAUAAUUAAUAUUAGGUACCUGCCUCAGCAUGCUGUCCAAACCACCUUUGCUUAGCAGCUUGGAUGUGUUUCAUGGGAACAAUACAAUCAGCAAUAAUUGCAUUCUUUUUAGAGAAAGAUUAUUCACACUCUUGGAAGUUCACUACUGCUUUGGAAUUUGGCUCUUGUUUUUUCUCAGGAGUAUUUGGAUCUGGGGUCUCAUUCUUUGUUCAAGCAUGGGUCAUAUCUCAAAGGGGUCCACUCUUCUCUGCUAUAUUCAAUCCUUUAUGUACUAUUAUAGUCACCAUUUUGGCUGCUAUAUUUCUACAUGAGAAGAUUUAUACUGGAGGAUUGGUUGGCGCAAUUGGUGUAAUAAUUGGUUUAUAUAUUUUGUUAUGGGGUAAAGCCAAGGACAUAAAGAAUGUUAUUAAAGAAGAAAUUCAUGAUCCCAAUCUACACAAAAAUACUGUUCAUGAACAGAGGAAACAACAUAAUAUUGAUGAUGACUAUAUGGAGAAGGGAAGUCACCAAGUUGAUUUGGAAGAACCCCUUUUAUCUGACCAUGCCAACCAAUCAUUUCUUAGAUGAUUAUAAUUUAUACUAUAUAACAUAUAAUGUUAACAUUAAUCUUUACUAAUAAGUAAUGGGAAUC